AUGUACGAGCAAGAUCACGAUACAAGUCGUGGCAAUGAUGAAAUCGACGACCAACUUACCAAACUCAUUGAUGAACUUCAACAGAUGAAGAAUUCCAAAGAUGAGAUUCAAAGAGUUCUUGAGUCAGACAAUGAAGACGAGAACAAGAGUGAAGGGGAGAGACAAGACUCCGAUAAAGAGUCAAUUCCAUCAAGUCACGGCCAUGAUUCCGAUGAUGAAGACAAUGACAAGGGUGGAGACGAUACACCGACAUUGCAAGCAACGCAGACAAGAUCCCCUUAG